AUGGAAGACAGUUACAACCAUAAGAGACAGAGAGAAAAGAGAGCCCGAGAACUUAGCAAAAGAUAUCCUUCCAAAACAUAUUCUGCAUCUCGACCGAAGAAAAUGAAAGAACAAGAUAGUCGUGUUACUGCAUCAUCUGGAUUUCAUCUAGGUGAGUGUAGACUUAAGGCGGGCACAUGUUUCAAAAGUAGGGUGGUUGAUCAUUUUGUGCGAAAUUGUCCGAAAGCACCGGAAGAAAAAGAUGACCAAAGUGUAAAAGCCCCGACCACAGCAAAAGGUAGACACCCUAGCCAGAGUAGUAACACGAGAGGAAACAAAGGUGACACUAAGGAUGGGACUGCUAGAUCUGAAGUUCGAGCACCUGCACGGACAUAUGCUAUUCGAGUCGGAGAAGAGGCUACUGCCCCUGAUGUUGUUACUAGUAUAUUUUAUCUUUUUGAUGUUGUUGUAUAUGAUUUAAUUAAUCCUAGUUCGACUCAUUCCUACAUUUGCACUACCUUGGAAACUGAUAAAAUUUUACCUGUUUAG